AUGCUUGCAGUAAGUGUUAUUGGAAUGAUUGGGCUUUUGGGAGGACUGAGGGGAGAGAAUCCUCUUGUCUGUGAAGGAGAAUGUGUGUCUCCCAGUGUAAACAAGGAGAUCAAGGUAGCAGAAGAGAGAUGCAAAGACAUGAGGGAGAGAGGUGAGAAAUUCUACAAGUCUGUUGUGAAUUUAUAUAGCCUUGGGCUGACAGAGUCCAUGAAAAGAUGCUUGGAUGAACAUCCAAGUGAGAAGGGACAGGAGCUAUACGAGGCGUUGGUUUCUGAGAAUGAGGUGCUUCAAGAGAAACUCGAGAGGCUCAGGGAGGCGGUUGAGAAUAGCGAGAGUAGUUUUGAAGAGCUAAAGGGCCUCAUAACCGACGCGGCUGAGGCAUCAUUUAGGACAUCCAAUGCUAUGGUGAUGCUGAGUAUGGAGGUUGGAUUCAAUGAGAUGAGAGAUGUGCAGUCAGGUUCGCCACAAGCCUCUCAGUGA